AUGGACGCUGUUGUAAAUAGUGAAGUGCAGCAACUGCGCGAAGAGCUUGAGAAAGCCAAACACCGGAUGCAGGUCUGGAAGGAGAAGACUCAAGUAGGCGUCACGGAGCUGCGUAACAGAAUUAUAGAACUUACCACUGAACUGGAAGAAUCCCGAGCAGCCAACGAUCAACUCAGUCAGCAGUUGCAAAAUGCAAAGAGUGUUGCCACAGCGGCUGCAUCCACUUCGGGUGCUGUGCCCGAAUGCAGCAGUUUUGCGGAGUCUCACUAUUUUAGUCAUGUCGGGGCAUGGGUGACCGCUUCAUCGGAUGCAUUAGUCGAAAUACUUUUGGACAAGUCUGAUGCUGCGCUUGACAUUGCUGUGGGAACAUGGCGUGAGUUAGAAAAGCACAAGCGAAGGACUGCCCAAACGUUGCGAAUGCAAAAGAAGACUACUGAAGCCCUCGAGCAGGAGCUGGCCGGUCUCCGUGAGACACUUACUGGCGCGCAGGCGGAAUUAGUGGAACGCAAAUCUGCCAUUGAGCGGCGUGAUCAAGCCCUAGAAACCUUACAGAACCGAUUGGAAACUUUGGAGGAGGCCAAGGCAUCAUUUGAAGCCUCUCAAGCGGCAAUGGCAAGCCGACCAAACGCGGAGCAGAUUAAUGCGUUUGAAGAGCGGUUGGAAGAGGAAAGGGAAAAUAUGCGGCACGAGUUUACCGUCCGGGAAUCUAUCAUUUUUGACCAACACCGUGACGAAAUGGAGAGAUUGAUGUCGCGGUAUGAGCAAGAUAUGGCGGAACUGCGUGCCGAGUUGGAGGAAAGGGCAUUAGAAACAGCGGAGACCGGGAAUAAACAUUUAGGGGAAGGCGCACAGGCUAGGGGACAGUCGGAGCAGCGAGAUGACGCAGCGUACGGGGAGCUGUUGGAUCAUUUAAAGUCCCUUCAGGAAGAAUUGAGGGGAGCUCAGGAAGAAAAUCAAAAGUUAACGCAAGAACUAGCUGCUGUCAAGAGAACCCACUCAGGUGUAGGUGGCCCGGUCUUGGGGAGUUGCAGUGUUAAGGACUUUAAUGGGCAAAAUAAACCCUCAACGCUUCCUGAGGCACUUUCUCGUAUUGCAGAACUUGAAGGGGAUGUGAGUCGGUUGUCAGAUGAACUGUGUGCAACACGGAGACGCCUUGUCGCCACACGGCACCAGUCGAAUACAACGAAAGACCAAGAGAACAGUUUGGUAUUUGAUGGGCAGCUAGCAACUUAUUUGAGGUUCACGGUUGUGCAGCUCCUCUGUUCCAGCGGAGACACCAACGUGGCCAAGAACCUUUUUCCCGUGCUUACCACACUUCUACGCUUUGACAAGUCGAACCUUAGUGAGAUUUACAAGAAAAAUCCUGGGUGGGUCAAGAGAAGGUUUUGA